UGGCAACUCGCAGUAGAAUCGUAGAAGUAACAAAAACCGGAAGAGGAGAUCAGGAAUCAGCUGUCAAAAAAGUAGCUAAAGUGAAAGGAGCGGAUCAGAAAGAGAGAUGUCCAGAACCGGUGUGCAGCAGUGACGGGUUGCCUGUCUGUGCAAGCUGUGAUUGGGAAAAACAAUCGUAAAGAUGCCUGCAGUGUCCACCGGCGUCAAAGAUCUCUACCUGUCCACGUCUCUGGGCGAGCUCAACAAAAAGGCUGAAAUCAAAGCCGACAAGACGAGCACCAGAAGCUAUGUUCAGAGUGCCUGCAAAAUCUUCAAGGCUGCAGAAGAGUGUCGCCUGGACCGAGAUGAGGAGAAAGCUUAUGUGCUGUACAUGAAGUAUUUAACAGUAUACGAUAUCAUCAAGAAAAGACCAGACUUCAAGCUUCAACCGGAGUAUUUCAUGUCCUUGCUCGGUCCUGCCAGUUUCAAGAAAGCCAUUGAAGAAGCGGAGAAGUUGUCUGAAAGCCUUAAACUCAGGUAUGAGGAAGUUGAGGUCCGGAAAAAACUUGAGGAGAAGGAGAGACAAGAGGAGAAGAAAAGAAAAGAGGAAAUGACAGAGAAAGAUGCUGGUAGGAGCUCUCCAAAAGCAUUAUCUGCAAACAAGAAAGACAGCAAAAAGGUAAAAGGAGAGCAGAAUGAACUGAAGAAUGUAAUUUCAAAAGCUCCGCAGCCAGCCGGUGGAAUCACGGCAGAGAAGCUUUUCCACAUGAUGAAGGACCAGACAAUUACAACAAUUGUCAUGGAUGCCCGCAGCCGCCAAGACUUUGAGCAGUCUCACAUGCAAGUUCCAACCCAGAACUGCAUCAGCGUGCCUGAAGAGGCGAUCAGCCCGGGAAUGACUGUGAAUCAAAUAGAGGAAAAGCUGCCGGACUCGUCCAAAGAGCAGUGGAAGCGACGUGGGUUUGUGGACUAUAUUGUCCUGCUCGACUGGUUCAGCUCAGUCACUGAUCUCAAGUUGGGCACCACCUUGCAGAGCCUGAAAGAUGCUCUCUUUAAGUGGGACAGCAUCACCAUCCUGCGCAGUGAGCCGCUGGUGCUUGAGGGGGGCUAUGAGAACUGGCUCUUGUUUUACCCCAUGUACACGAGCAAUGCUAAAGUUCGACCCCCCAGGCAGACUAUCAUCAACACCUUUCCUCAGUUGAACUUCAGCUAUCCAUCCCUGGAGGAACCGAAGCCUCCCGCCCCGCCUCAGCCCGAGCCCGAGCUGCCACCCGAGCCUCAGGAGCCAUCGGCCCCCGUGCUGCUGAAUGGCGUCACACCAGCAGAGCCCCCCACGUCUAAAACCUCCCUGAUUGCCGACAGGCUGCCGGACGCCGUCGACGCCUCCAUCACUGCCUCCUCUAAUUCUGGGUUCGACGGUAGUAAAAGACCCCCUGCUGCCGGUGCGUCCAGCCAGUCACCGGCAGCAACCAAGGCCUUGCCGCAGUUUGAUCGAACCAAGAAACCGUCGAGCCGGGCGCCAGACGAACCCAAACCCAGUCAGAACGGCUCAGCGAAGGACGCCACCCUUAACGGGCCGGCUGUUCCCGACCGCUCCGUCAAGCCGCCGUUCAGCUCCAGCUCUUCCAAAGAAGACCAGAGCCAGAUGCACUCUGAGCCCAGGCAAGAGCAGGACAAGCGCCUCCAGGAGGAGAAAGAGAAGGAGCUGAAGGAGCGGCUGGAAAGGGAGGAGGCUGAGAGGAGGAAGAGCGAAGAGGAGGAGAAAAGGCAUCAGGAGAAAAAAAGACUGGAGAGGCAGAAGGCGGAAGAGAAGGAGGAUAAAGAGAACCGGGCAUGGGACGAGAAGGAGAGGAGGGACAAGGAGCAGAACUCGGACACACCCUCAAAGAGCAUGUCCCUGGAUUCUCCUGCUCCCAAUCACAUUGUCAGUGAAAUUAAGCGGGAGCCGCUGACCAGAGCCAGGAGCGAGGAGAUGGGUCGGAGCGUGCCCGGCCUCCCAGACGGCUGGAUGAAGUUCCUCGACACGGUGACGGGGACGUACCGGUACUACCAUUCCCCGACCAACCGCGUCCACCUGUACCCCCCCGAGGUCACCGUCCCCCAGACGCCCCCCUCCACGCCGCCGACGGUCAAGCCCAAACCGCCGCGGCCGGCCGAGCCAGACAACAGCCGCGAGCGCGAGCGGGAGCAGUCCAAGCUGAAGCGCUCCUACUCCUCCCCCGACAUCAGCAAGGACCUGAGAGAGGAGGCCCAGAAGAAGGCCACGCCCCCAAACACCACCGCCGCCGCCGCCGUGCCCACCAUCAACAGAGAAACCAAACCUCCCAUCGCUAAAGUUUAUUCCAAAGUGGAGAUUGUUCGGCCCUCCGCAGCCAAACUUCGCAACCUGAAUCCCGUGUUUGGAGGUCUGGGCGCGUCUCUGACCGGCCUCCGCAACCUGGGCAACACUUGCUACAUGAACUCCAUCUUGCAGUGUCUUUGCAACACUCCCGCCAUGGCUGAUUACUUCAACAAUAACUACUACCUGGAGGACAUCAACAGAUACAAUAUUCUUGGGCAUAAAGGAGAGGUGGCCGAGGAGUUUGGCGAGAUCAUGAAGGCUUUGUGGGCUGGUCUGUACAAAUGCAUCAGUCCGCGGGACUUCAAGAUCACCAUCGGCAAAAUCAACGAGCAGUUCUCCGGCUACGACCAGCAGGACUCCCAGGAGCUGCUGCUGUUCCUCAUGGACGGCCUCCACGAGGACCUCAACAAGGCGGACAACAGGAAGCGGUACAAGGAGGAGGAAAACGACCAUCUGGACGAUCAGACGGCGGCCGACGUGGCCUGGAGCAAACACAAGCUGCUGAACGAGUCCAUCAUCGUAGCACUGUUCCAGGGUCAGUUCAAGUCCACCGUGCAGUGCCUGACCUGCCACCGCAAGUCACGGACGUUUGAGACCUUCAUGUACCUGUCGCUCCCGCUGGCCUCCACCAGCAAGUGCUCCCUGCAGGACUGUUUACGUCUGUUCUCCAAAGAGGAGAGGCUGACCGACAACAACAAAGUGUUCUGCAGACACUGCAAAGCCCACCGAGAUUCCACCAAGAAGCUGGAGAUCUGGAAAGUUCCACCCAUUCUUCUUGUGCAUUUAAAACGGUUUUCCUACGAGGGCAGGUGGAAGCAGAAGCUGCAGACGUCGGUGGACUUCCCUCUGGACAGUCUGGACCUGGCUCAGUACGUCAUCGGACCCAAACAGAACUUGAAGCGAUACAGCCUUUACGGAGUGUCUAAUCACUACGGAGGUUUGGAUGGUGGACACUACACAGCCUACUGUAAGAACGCCCUCAAACAGCGCUGGUACAAGUUCGACGACCACGAGGUGUCCGACAUCUCCACCUCGUCCGUCAAGUCGUCGGCCGCCUACAUCCUGUUCUACUCCACCCUGUGACGGCGCUGCCGGACACGGAGAGAACGCCACGCCACGCCAGAGCAGCGAUGCCCAGAGGUUGUUUUUUUCUUUUUUCGAACCACUGCUCCGAGGAGCCGCUGUGCACGUAGUCGUCGUACGUGCACGAGGUGACACGCUGGAGCUGGGGGGUGGGUGGUGAGAUUGCCCCCCCCCCCCGUGCGUCUCAGACCGGCGAGAGGUGCAGGCACACAGUGCAAUGCUUCAGCUAGAAGAACCUACAGCUGUUAAAACAUGCCGUCUCUUCAUCUUACUGAUCAUUUAGGGACUAAACUUCUAAUCUAACCGUGUUGUAGAGCUAACAGCGGGUUCAGACGCUCCUCACUCUCAUUUCCGUGCCACUCGGUGUGAACGGCAGUACCGCAGACCUGUCUCUUGGCUUUCUUGUACUGUGUAAUCACAGGAAUAACAGUUAGACGGCAUGUCCAUACCUACCAAUGCUGAUGUUGCACAUUCAAAAAAUGUAAAUACUUGAGGGCAAAUUGUUUAUCUGUUAAGUGACCAAAAUCUUUUCUUUUUUUUUUUUUUUUUUUUUUUAAUUCUCAGAAAGUAGCAGGCAUCAUAAUAUCAUCUUCACCAAUACAAACCUUGUGUUUUAGGGGUUCCGCUGUUUAGCCUUCUGAUGUUUCAUACAGGAGGUGGGAAUCAGGCUGCGAGUGAGAUUCCAGAAGAGGACAUUUAGAUUCUUGCUUGUUCGUAUUAGCCACAUUGUUGCACUCACACAAUAUGCAAUUUAAGUUGUUCAUGUAGAACACAUGGUUUAACUUUCAAUAUUCAACUCGGAACGCUUUACGACACUACCGAC